AUGGCGUGGAGCCGCUCUGAAUUAUCUGCGGCGGGUUUCUUCUAUGAGGAAGACUUGCAAAGCCCGCUCCCCCCCCAUGUCAAGUCGCUCGGCCAGUCAAUGCUUGACUUUGCAUGCCAGGACCAAGGCCCGCCUUCUGAAGAAUGCAUCCAGAUCCAAUAUUUGGCUAGUAAAAAUUCCGAUGGCGAUUAUGAUGAGAAAAUCUGGGAAGACUUUUUUCGACAAAACUUCUUUGAUGUACUUCUGAACGACACUUCGGUCUCACAAGAUAUAUCGCGCAGAGUCUCACGAUGGAACUACUAUUAUGACGCUAUACGGCCUGGCAACAACGCUCUAUGGACAACAUUCCGGGAGAAGGUGGAAGGACAUCAAAUGAAGACGCUUCCCAAGGCCGACUUUGUCUUCUAUCUUCCCAUGUACCACCUGGCCGCUGAAUCUCCUAUACCUCGAAUAACUGACCACAGAGGUCGGGAAUGGAAUAAAGAACCAGUCCCAUCUCUUGUAGAGUCCUUCUCAUGGUCUAUAUUGAAGGAGCUCUAUAUGCAUGGUCUGCGUCCCUCCCCAUUCAAGGUUUUUGGCAAGGAUGAGCCGCGAGAAGCAGACCUGAAUUGCUAUCCGUGGCUUAUUGUCGAGCAUAAGAGUGGCAAGAAAAGCCUUAGUGAGAGUCAACGGUCAGCGCAAUUAGAGACUGUUUGCUGCCAAGCACUCAACGCCAGCGCGUGUGCCGUCAAGUUAAACCAGAUCGCUGCGAGGUAUGCCGUUGAGCUGCGUAAGCAGAUGCAUAUUCCCCCAAUUCCAGCCGUGACCACAGUCGGCAGUAAGGUCAGUGUCUGGAUAACGUACUAUGCGGAAGGUUUUAUGGCGUACCAUAGAGAGGGCUCUUGCGAGUCUUACGGGAGACGAAAUCAAGGCUAUGUAAGUACAAAAUCUGGGGUCCGUAACUAA